AUGGCCGUUUCCUUAUGCGCCACAACCUCCACCACACCACCCGGCGCCGACGAUGCCUACACCACAUCCAUUACCACCACAGCCUACCCAUUACCCUCCAACACCUACACUACUACCACCGGCAUGGCCCACUUCACACCCUCAGUCCCACUACCAUGUCACAGCACCGAUGGCAGAACCCUGCCACCCGCCUCCCUUUACUGCGCCUCCACAGCCAUUACCAUCCCUCAUCAACUCAGAGCCACCAUUUCCUGGGAUCCACAGCAGGGCGUUUGGCAACAGCAGCCUUUCUCCGCUUUUCCUGCGGUCACAUCUCCAGAUUCGAAGGGCCACUACCAGAGCCAACAACUCCAGCACUCCCCACACCAGCUGCUGUCGCCACAACCACACCGACGGAUUGGACAUUGUGCCUUCGAAGUGCAGGAGAACAUGCAGACUUAUGAAAAAUGCGUGGACUACAUCCAAACCCACUUCAUGCUGUUGCGUGAGGAUUACAUUGAGCCCUUGCGAUCUGGAAUCAAGCUCUACAUGCAGGGGCGGCACUCUCCAAAGGAUCUCCAUGUCUACACCGGCGUCAAGGUUGUGGGAGUGCUGAGCACUUGGGAAGGGCUCGUAUACCGCAUUGAGCUUCGGCAAGAGGAGAUCCGAAGAGUGAGUUGGGAGAAAUCGAAACAGCUGAUGUAUGGGAGUUUGCUUUGUUUUUCAGAUGACGACUUCUCCUCCCUCAUUUGGGCCACCGUAUGGCGGCGAGAUCCAGCCCUCAUUGCAAGCAAAGCACAGCUUGAUAUUCGACUUCCAUUCGAUCCGUGGGAUGAUAGGCUUUCACCUGGAAAGAUGUUCUGUUGCAUCGAAAACGUGACGAUCUAUUUUGAG